AUGAGUCAUCAUCGCGUCUCACAGAUUCCCUUCGCUCUCGCAAGGCUCAUCGCAGAUCUGAGAGGCUCGGAAGGGUCUGCUCGACCAUUGGGAGGAAUGACUGACUUCAGCAAGUUCCCACAUGAGCCGACCAUUUCUAUCAAGCCAUUCACCGCUCACUGCUCGGAUGAAGUCUUGGCGGAUCUGAAGCAUCGAGUAAACGAUAGUGAGAGCCCGAGAAAGACGUACGAGAACACGACGGCGACGGACAGAGGUCUGGGGCUCGCUAGAGAUUGGUUGGUGAAGGCAAUUGAUGAAUGGAAGACGUUUGACUGGCGCGGUAUUGAAGACGAGGUCAAUGGAUUCCCCAACUUCAAAGCUCAUCUCUAUCACGAGAAGCACGAAUACGAUAUACACUUCAUGGCGUUGUUCUCUCACAAGGAAGAUGCCAUACCCGUCGUUAUGAUGCACGGCUGGCCAGGGUGCUUCCUAGAGUUCGUUCCCAUGCUCAGACUUCUCUCCUCAAGAUACAGCCCGUCUACUCUUCCCAUCCAUUUGAUCGUCCCUUCACUUAUAGGAUUCGGAUACUCGUCUCCUCCGCCUAUCGAUGUAGACUUUGGCACUAGGGACAAUGCGCCUCUCAUCGAUCAACUCAUGGCCGGGAUGGGACUCACCGGAUAUGUAGCUCAAGGUGGCGAUAUCGGAUCUUUCGUAGCUCGCUUCAUUGCGCAGACAUCGACAAUAUGCAAGGCCGUUCACUUGGAUUUCGUCCCGUCUCUGCCACCGGACACCUUUGAUGAGUCAACGUUAGAUUUAGUCGACCAGGCGUGUGUGAAAAAGCUCAAAGAGUGGAACUCCUGGGAGAGAGCAUAUGUCCAAGAGCACGCGACCAAGACAGCUACGAUAGCCGCUGUCGUCGAGAGCAGCAGUGGCUCUGCUCGCUUGUUUAUUGGAUGGAGUGACGAAACACCUUCGAUCCACACCAUCUUAUCUAUGGUCACUAUGUACUGGAUUACCAAUACGUUCCCGACAUCCAUCUACCACUAUAGAGUUUCUUACGGUCGAGAUGUACAGGACAAAGACAAGAUGCCUCCGGUGUCAAGCAAAGCACUAGGAUACAGUCAGUUCACACAUGAGAUCAUGCCAUCGCCGAGAGUCCUGGUAGAACAAGCGGGGAACAACGUCGUUUGGCACAGACGACAUGAGCGCGCUGGUCACUUUUCUGCUCUCGAAGAUGCGGAGACUUUGUGGGACGAUGUUCAUGACUUCAUCGAGAAGGUCGUCAGGAAGUUGUGA